GCUGGUACCCCUUCCAUACCCCUCCUGCAACGGUCGCCACGUGCCAGCCCGGAGGCCUCCGGGAGAGGCGCGAGGCGGGACGGGAGCCCCCGCCGGCCGUAGCACGCGGGGUCCGCGUCACGCCUGUGCCUUGUAGCCGGAUCCUUCCUACCCUAAAAAUAUUCUUCCUGCACACCAACUAACUUUGAAUCUGAGAAGGAACGAAUAUGACACUGAUUCAGAAAAUGAGCAGAAUUAGGAAGAAUUUGGGAGAAGGGGCAGCUCUUUCAUUGAAUACAUCUACAUGAAAUUUUCAGUUCACAUUUUGUAUCUGCACUGCGGCCUUAAGAAAAUACCUGUAAAAUAGAGGCUGGAAAGUUGCUUCCCACUGGCGAUACGGCUGUGAGUUGCCUCACUGAGGUUUUGCCCAGGCCCAUUACUCCAACUACUGUGCGAAAGUUUCGAAAUACAACAAAUCCAGCUCCUGGUGUUCAAAGAAUAUUCUACAGCAGAGCAGAUGAUCCUGACAUUGCAGCUCCCAUGACACAUGGCAUAGAGUCAUGCUCUUCGUGCAGUGCAGCUUCAUUGAUAAAUCCACCUACCAAAACUUACUUUCAACAAAAAAUACAAGACAAAAAAGAAGCAAUCUACUUUAGGAAUCACCGAGCACCUUUGGGCAGAUCACAUGAUCAAUCUGCUAUGUUACCUGAGGGUUUGGAUAUAAUUAAUACUACAUUUGGAACAAAAGUCAUCCAAGAUGGGUCAGCUGGAGAGCUUAUAAAUCCACCAAAAACUUCUGAGGAAGUAGAUAAAGAAUCCAGAGAAGGGCAUGAUCUGUACGUUGUGUCACAUAAUGAUUAUUACACGGGGGAAGCAAUAAAUAGGAAGUAUGACUCACCAAACUUCAGCAAGUUUUUUGUUUAUGGAAUAGAAACCCCUCACUUUAAAGAUGGGCGAAGUGUAUCUAAAUCCUUAAAUUGGCUCUAUGAUCUGCAAUCGAAGAGAGCAGCAAAAAUCAUAUCAAAACGAAGUGAUGAUUUCAAGGAAAAAUUUCAGCCUCAGCUUGGAAAAGUUCUUGAUCCUAUAGCAGAAACUAUGAAUGUUCCCCCAGACCAUACAUUUGGAAUGUUACUCCGUCCAGAUGAAUAUGGAGUUGGUGAUCUUCUUCACUGCCGGGUUCCAUGCGAGUUCCUCCGUGGUAAAGACAGAGAGCGAGCUGUCUUAACUGCAGUUCGGCAAAGUUUGAAGUCAGCUAACUAUGAGAAUUUUGACAUGUUACUAGAAGCAUUCAGGCAUUAUGAUAAGAAUGGUGAUGGAAUGAUAGACAAGGACGACCUGCGAAAGUCCUGUUUGCAGCUUAAUCUGAAUCUAGACGAUGAGCUCCUGGAUUCCUUGUUUGACUACUGUGAUUUGGAUAAAGAUGGUCUGAUUAAUUACCUGGAGUUUGCAAACUUUCUGAACUGGAAAGACAAAAUGGCUGUUAAAGAGUUUGAAGAAAAAAUAAUUACAAAAGGGAAAAAACUAGAUGCUUCUGUUCUGCCUGAAGGCACAAAGACAAACGAUGAGCCACUGCUGAAGCAGGAAGAUCUUGUGUUAAAAGAACUGGGAAGCUCAGAAAAGACACCAACACUUACAAGAUCAACAGAUCAUGCAUUUGCAAAUUAUCAACCAACUUCUUUUCAGUAUAAUGCUGUAGUAGGUGAUCUCCCAACAACCUGUUAUCCAGUGUGUGGUGUUCCAACUAUUCGUUCUGAUAUUCCUGCUCCUCGAAUUCACCGCAUCAGUGACAGAACUAAUUAUGGUGAUGAGGCCAAUGCUUAUGCAUUGUUGUUCCCUUCUGUCUUCAGUCAAAAGGGAGUGUAUGAAAGAGACUUUUUUAAAACAAGACCAAAGGCAGAGAUUGCACAAAUUCUCCUCAACAUUGGCAUGGACAUUUCAGAUGAAAGAUUUGAAGAGAUAUGGAAGCAAGCCUGUAUGAAACAUCCGAAAGAAGAGGUUUGUGUGGAAAGCAUCAGGAAUGUACUGGAUGAGAUACAUGGAUCGCACACAAAAACCAGUUACUAAUUCUAGUCUUUGGGCAUUGCAUUUAUUUAAAUUGAUAUCAGUCAUAAUUCUGAUGCUGAAUACAAUAAACACUUCCAAUAACGUGUGUUUAAAGAACUGGAAUUCACUGUUUAUUGUCUUUCUGGAUAGAGGGUUCACCACAUAUGAAUCUUACCCCUAUCAUUGCUGUUAGUAGGAACUGAUAUCCAGAGGAGUAAAACACAAUACAGCAUGUUUGUAAAUGGAAUGCAAAUAUUUAUCUUAUAUUCUUUAUUUUAUCUUUUUUACAGUGUUUCUAAGUCUAAAUAGUAAUACUUUGAGUAUGGAUGCAUUUUGCAUUUUUGAAUUUAUUUUUUUCUCUUAUAAAUGGGAGGACUUUUUUGAAAGUACUUAGGAUAAAUGUUUCAGAUGUGCAAGACCUCUUAAAGAUUAUUAUCAUAGAAUGGCAUCCUGCCUUGCUUCUAAUGUUCCAUCAUAUAUUGUCAACAAAAUGGUAGGUAACAGAGAUCUGGUUGUGGUGAGUUAUUUGACAUGUUAAAAAUAUGUGUGAGAAAGUGCUUUACAGUAAGAUACUAAGGAAACUACACAGUCAUGGGUGUGGGAUCUAAAGUGUUGUCAUGAAACAGACUCAGUAAGAACCAAAGGAUUAAGAAGUGCAAAAAUAAAUGCCCAGUUCUGUGGCAGAGGGUUCGUAUUUUUAUGCAAGCUUUAUGGCUAUUAGGUAAUAGUAUUCAGCUUUCACAAACAAGAAAAAAGAAUGGAUAUUUAGAGGUGUGUGUGCACAUGACAUAAAAACGCAAGCUAGGUAGUCGGAAAAGUUUGGGAGAUCUUUCAGAGAGCUAACUGUUCACCUGUGACCAAUGCAAUUUCUUGGGAAGAGUGAUCUUCAUAAAUGAAAAGCACUUGAGGAUCAUUAUAGAAAUCUCAAUGAAUAUAUAUGAAGUCCCAUAAGAAUAAACAAUGGAAAGCAAGUAAUACUGAAAUCUGCAACUGUGAAUUAGAAUGUUCACUCUUCACCUACAGUACUGAGCUUGGUAUAAAACAAAUGGAAAUUGUUCAGUAUUGACAGUGAGAAUGAUUACUUUUCAACUUUUUCAAAUUAAUUGAAAAAUCCUUGCUGAAUGUAAUCUUAAUAUACAGGAUUUCAGGAAGGCUAUCACUUUGUCACCUAUUGGUGCUUUAAAUACCUUAGUAAGAUACGAAGGAUGUUGUCAGCCACAAGUUUUACUGAGUUCUACAAUGUAUGUAAAAGUUCCAUGUAUCUUAAAUACUAGGAAUGCAUGUGUAAUGGCAGCUUAAAAUUUCAUUGUAACACUUUACUCACAUGAUUGUUAAGAAUCCUCUUUUGCCAGUGUUCUAGGAGCUUGUAAUUUACUAGCUUGUUAUGUGAGAUCCACAAGCUUGUUAUGUGAGAUCCACCCUUUUUUACUUUAUUAUUGUAGCACUAAUAGUAGCUGUCUUACAUCAAGUAGAAAGAAUAUGCUUUCUGGUAUCUCCAGAUGGGUGGUAGAAACGCUGCUUGAUGAAGGCAGCUUCUUUCCUGCUGUGAAUGAAAGUUGUUCUGCGGUGUUGUUGCCUUGCAUUUCCGUCCUUCUGGAACUCUGUGCCUGCACUGGGAAGCACGCAGGAAGCAGACUGUGACUGUCUCAAGUGAAAUCAUGACAGAAAGAUGAAUGUACUGCUAAUUUCAAUUGAAUUUAUUAUGUCAGGAUUUCAUUACUUCCAGUGAAAUUCUCUAAAGGUCCUCUGCUACUCAUAUAAAGUAGGAGGGAAGAAUUCUCUACCUUAGUUGUGGUGCGCUUCCAAAAGCAUAGGACAGAAUUAACUUAAAAAAAUAAAUAUUGUUUUUCUCCUUUGAUAGCAAAUUUUAGAUGAAAGAUUUAAGCUCACUUCAGGGAGGAAAAAAAAGGUACUAGAUCUGUGUGUGUCUGUGUCUGUGUGUGUGUGUAUGAGAUCUGUUGUGUUUGUUCAGCAGCUGGAAAUCCUGUGUAUCCUAAUUUUUGAAUCUACUGUAAAGAUGCCCACUUUCAUUCCUCUACUUUCAAUAGAAUCUUUUCCUUUGUCAGUGAAAUGGAAUUGUGCAGUCUGCUAAAUAAGUCCAGAAUAAAGACAACUGAUAAAUCAUGGUUUAAUUUUUUUGCCAGUAUGUUUCUAACCACAGACUAAAGGUUUCCUUUUGAGCUUGGGUUUGAAAUGAACUGGAAAUGAUGUUCACCUAAACUUACCUCUUCUGAAGCUUUGAAGGAUUAGUCAUUGAACAGAGCUGUAAAUCCUACUUGUAGGUGCUUGUUUUUCAUCACUAUAUACGUAGGAGGCCCCUGAAAGAUUUAAUCGCUGUCACACAGACUUUUGUUACUUCUGUGGAGUUUCCCCGAUCCUUUUGUUUCCUUUUGUUAAAUGCUUUAUGCACAGAGUCUUGGUGCAGAUUUUUGUAUUUAAUUCCCGUUUGUCUUCCCAACAUGAGUGUAUUCAAUAAUAUAGGCUUUAGAGCUGCAGGUGUUCUGUGAUUUUUUUGUGGUUCCCUUAAUA